AUGGAGCACCACGAUGACGAGCACGAUUUCAUCAACGACGACGAUAGCGACCCAAUGGAAACUCUUGAGUCAGAAAACGAGGUGCUGAGGCGUACGUCGACAGCUGAGAAGAGCAUGACGCUCCAUCGGAUAGAUAAGGAAGAGGAACAAGACGAUGCCGAACAUCCGCCAAGUACUUCUGGAACCACUCGAAUGCGCACAACACAAUCAAAUCGAGAAGAAAUUUUGCCAUCGGACAACGAGGAAGAUCAAAAAGCCGAUGAUGAAGGAGAGGAGCCUGAGACGAAGCGGAACCUCCUCCUGCCAACUGUUAUAACAGUACCAGCAACGGCGGAUAGUGAGAGGCCGGCGACAGCAGGCAGCGAUAAGGAGGAGAUUCUUCCGUCAGAUGACGAAGAACACAGCAAUCGUGACGAGGCCCCAACUGAAGGCCAGGCUGUCGAAAACGACCAUGGUGAAGCCCCUCCAGCAGGCGAUCACAACCCUGAUGGUGAUGAGACGGCAGUAGCGGCCUCUAUUCAACCUGUUGAUCAUGACCAGGAGGAAAUUCUACCGUCGGACGAUGAGCAGCCAAACAAAGCCGAGGACGAGGAUUUCGAGAAACGCACAAAGGCAGCAACGAAAAUCCAAGCCACGUACCGAGGUCAUCUCACUCGGAAAAAUUUGAAAAAGCCGCCAGUGGUGAUUGAGACGACGAAUGACGUCACUGAAGAAACGACCCCCUCGGUUCCAGACGCAAACAACGAAGAAGGUGCUGGCAUUUUCAUCGACUACGUGCUGAUCACAGAAAAUUUGAUAGAUGGCCGUCAAUUUGUAUGCUACUGUUCGAAAUGGUUCGAUAGUGGUCAGGUUGAUGGCAAGAUCGAACGAACUCUACAGGUGUCAGCUUUUUACUACCUCAACAGCGUGCCUGACGAAUCGCUGACAUCACAAGGCCGAUGGGAAUUCAUUCUGCACAAUGGAAUGGAAGAUGGUACGGGUGGCACGACAUCGAACUUGAACAUCAUCGGCUACGGUACGACGGGCAGUUCGAUGAUGCACGUUAACAACGAUAAAACCAUGUCUACAGUACCCGACACUACACUGAUACAGGUGGACUUCGGCGCAAUUGGUGAUCUACUGAAAGUUCGAUUUGAAGCCGAUGGAGCAGGUGAAGAGCCGGAUUAUUUCUUGGAAUGGAUCGAGUUACGCGAUCUGGAUACCGAAGAGAGAAUUGCUGUCAGGGUCGGCAAAUGGAUGGACGUCACCGGUAAACGUACAAAGAAACCGCAAGCGUUCCGAGAAAUCAGCAUCUUUCGAUCUGGCGAUCAACCAUUAGAAACGCAAAAUUAUGAAGGGAAAGUUGUUGGCGGUGAUAUGAGCCUCCUGGAAAACGGUCGGCUGCAAGCGCAACUCGUCGGUGACUUCAGUGACAGUGGCGUAUUCCCGUUGAUCUACAGCGAGAAGAAACAGGAGUACUCGUUCAAGGUCGAAUGCGUUCAUCUCGGACGUAUCAACAGCAUCAAAAUAAUUGGUGAUUUCUCUGAGAAAGGUCAAGCCAUUCUCGAAGGUUUCUCAGUACUACAGGACAUCUGGGAUAAGCACGUUGGUAGUGUGGAAACCGCUGGAGAUGUACGUUGA